AUGGGAUCCAUAUCAAAACUGCUCUCUUAUCCCAACAAAAUUCUCUCCACUUUCCUCUUCCAAACUCUCCCCAAACUUAUCUACCUAUCUCUAUUAGCCCUAUGCGUCUUCCUCAAACACUACCAAAUCUUCACGAGGCGGCGCAGCUACGCCGCUGCGGUGAAGAGCACCCGGAGGAAGCUGCCGGACUGCGGCGAGUGCAGCAUCUGCCUGGUGGGCUUCGCCGAGGGGGGCGAGUGCUGCGAGCUGGACGCGUGCGGCCACUCGUUCCACCGCCGCUGCGUGGAAACGUGGCUGAGGGGGUCCAUCCCCACGUGCCCGCUGUGCCGGGCCGCGGUGUUUCCCGAGGCGGAGGUGGAGGAGGCCGAGUUGGAGAAGGAGGAGAAGGAUUGGAUUGAGAAGAAGUUUGCUUUGGCGUUGUUGAAUGUGUUGGAUCGUGGUGGAUGUAAUGUGAACGGAUAUUUUUAG